AUAGAAAAGCUCUCGGGCAGAGUUACUCGUGUCCUUGGACGGAAUCCGAGUCCUUUCUCCCUAACGGGGACAAACUUGUAUUUGGUUGGGACGGGCAGCAGCCGGAUCCUUGUCGAUGCGGGUGAGGGCAAAGCCGGAGUGCUGCAGGACUUGAUAGACGUCAUGGCCCAGCAGGGCUGCCACCAUAUUUCGCAAGUAGUCAUAACGCAUUGGCACAUCGAUCAUUUGCUGGGAGUGCCAGAACUGAUGGACUACUUCGGCUCCGAAAUGCAGGUUCGCAAGUACAUGCCCAGCGAGGGCACAUCCGUGGGCGAAGUCGGCAAUGCGGAGAGUGAGUGGAGCCCU